AUGGAGUGGAACACACCGUCACCAAAGAUGAUGGAGUCUUCCACAUACCCGCUGGCACGCGAAACUCUCGUCUUCUCCGUCUGGCUGGAUCCCUGCAAGGAUAAGGACUAUAUCCUUGAUGUGAACUUCCUGCGCAACCUUUCAGGCUACCUCAAUGAUUGCCUCAAGGCCGGCCUGAAGCCGUCCGUUCUCCAGAUCAUUCUGUUCACAGAAAACACAUCCUCCCUCCUGUGCCCGCCGUUCCUGAAUUAG